AGCCGGGGAAGGAAUUCAGAGGGGGAUGCCGCUGUCUGUGACGGGGAAGCAACGACAAUAAUAGGGGAGGGGAAACAACUGGGAUAUAACUUGUACUAUGGAUAAUAAUGACACGUAUCUACAUUUAAACGAAAAAUGAAAUACUACAAACUAUUCCUGUGAUAUCAUCUGGAGCCCUGAACAUCUGUAAUAAAUAUCCGUCCUCUCACUGUCACAUAACCCCGCCCCCGUCCCAGACGAUGAACUCCAUGGUGGGACACCCCUCCGUCAUCAGUGCCUCGGUCAACGCCCCCCGGCCCCUCCCUUCCCCCCUGAGUGGCAUGGGCUCGCCGUACUCCGUCAUCACGUCCUCCCUGGGCUCGCCCUCCAUCUCCCUGCCCUCCACGCCAGGGAUCAACUUCGGUACACUUUGCAGUCCACAGAUGAGCUCACUUAACAGUGUGAGCAGCACAGAGGACAUCAAACCCCCUCCCGGUCUGGCAGGACUGGGCAGCUACCAGUGCACCAGCCCAGGGUCCCUGUCCAAGCACAUCUGUGCCAUCUGCGGAGACCGUUCCUCAGGAAAGCACUAUGGCGUGUACAGCUGUGAAGGCUGCAAAGGGUUUUUCAAGAGGACCAUCAGGAAAGACCUCACCUACACUUGCAGGGACAGCAAGGAGUGUCUGAUCGACAAGCGGCAGCGGAACCGCUGCCAGUACUGCCGCUACCAGAAGUGUCUGGCCAUGGGCAUGAAGAGGGAAGCGGUGCAGGAGGAGAGGCAGAGGGGGCGGGAGAAGAGCGAUAAUGAGGUGGAGUCCACCAGCAGCUUCAGUGAAGACAUGCCGGUGGAGAAGAUCCUAGAUGCCGAGCUGGCCGUGGAGCCCAAGACAGAGACGUACAUGGACGCCAGUCCUGGGAACUCGACAAACGAUCCCGUCACCAACAUCUGCCAAGCAGCAGACAAGCAGCUCUUCACUCUAGUUGAGUGGGCCAAGAGGAUCCCGCACUUCUCUGAGCUACCGCUCGACGACCAGGUCAUCCUGCUGCGAGCAGGUUGGAACGAGCUGCUCAUCGCUUCCUUCUCACACCGUUCGGUCACAGUCAAGGAUGGAAUCCUGCUGGCUACCGGGCUGCACGUCCACCGCAGCAGCGCCCACAGUGCUGGUGUCGGUUCCAUCUUUGACAGAGUUCUGACGGAACUGGUGUCAAAGAUGAAAGAUAUGCAGAUGGAUAAGACAGAGCUGGGCUGUCUCCGUGCCAUCGUCCUGUUUAACCCAGACGCAAAGGGCUUGUCAAACCCACCAGAGGUAGAGAGUCUACGGGAGAAGGUGUACGCUUCACUAGAGUCCUACACCAAGCACAGAUACCCUGAACAGCCAGGCAGGUUUGCCAAACUUCUUCUUCGCCUGCCAGCCCUGCGCUCUAUCGGCCUGAAGUGUUUAGAACACCUCUUCUUCUUCAAGCUGAUCGGUGACACGCCCAUCGAUACCUUUCUUAUGGAGAUGCUAGAGGCACCGCACCAGAUCACAUGACAAUGGAACCUGCUCCCUGUAAAUACCCUCAGACCUGUGUAAUUCAUAGAAGGAUGAACUCGAGCAAAAGUUGUAAAACUGCAUAUUUUGUACCAAGCACAAUUAUUAAUGUGAAAACAAUUUGUACUGGACUUUUCAAAGUAUGCUGUCAAAUGGAAUUUGAUAGGAAUGUACAAGAAUCUUCCUUUUUUUGUAAAUAGAUAAUUACAAUUAUCCAGUUUUAAAAAGCAGCUUAAUGCAAUAUAAAAUUUAAUUUUAUUCAAUGAAAACAAUUUAUAGAGAAAACAAACUGCCACCAGCCUAGAAUUUCUAAAAUCAAUUUUAGAAUUCUUUGAAAAUAAAAAGUAAAAUGAAAAUGUUA